CUAACAAUUGACCAAACCCGUCCAGGUUCAAGAUAAGGCUUCCAUUAUAACUCUUCUAUUAGCUCUUCUUGCAAAAAGUUAAAAUUAAAACCACAGAGUGGCUUUACCUUCCAAAUCAAAAAUACCAGCCAUGGGAGAGGUUGAUCCAGCUUUCAUUCAAGACCCUGAGCACAGGCCAAAACUCUCCAUCAUUGAAGCUGAAGGCAUACCAUUGAUUGAUCUUUCUCCUAUAAAUAGUAUCCCUACCCCAGAUUCCAUUUCUGAGCUUAAAGCCAUUGAAGGGCUUGUUAGAGAAAUAGGCAGUGCUUGCAAGGACUGGGGUUUCUUCCAAGUGAUCAACCAUGGAGUCGCGUUGGAUAAGCGCGAAAAGAUUGAGACAGCUGCUAGGAAGUUCUUUGCUCAGCCCUUGGAGGAGAAGAGGAAGAUUAGGAGGGAUGAAAAAAUUGUGGUGGGCUACUAUGACACUGAGCACACCAAGAAUGUUAGAGACUGGAAGGAGGUGUUUGAUUUCGUAGUGGAGGAGCCUACAUUAGUCCCAGCUUCCCCUGAUCCUGAGGACAAAGAAGAGACAGAGUGGAUAAACCAAUGGCCUGAGAAUCCUCCUGAACUAAGACCGGCGUGUGAAGAGUAUGCUCAAGAAGUAGAAAAGCUAGCUCUGAAGUUGAUGGGACUUAUAGCCUUGAGUCUAGGCUUGCCAGAAGACAGGUUCAACAGCUACUUCAAACACCAAACAAGUUUUAUCAGACUCAACCACUAUCCACCUUGCCCUUCCCCUCAGUUAGCUCUCGGUGUUGGGCGCCACAAGGAUGGCGGUGCAUUAACCUUGCUAGCUCAAGAUGAUGUUGGAGGAUUGGAAGUGAAAAGAAAAACAGACAGGGAGUGGAUUCGGGUGAAACCUACCCCAAAUGCCUAUAUCAUCAAUGUUGGUGAUGUUAUUCAGGUUUGGAGCAAUGAGAGAUAUGAGAGUGUGGAACACAGGGUGAUGGUGAACUCAGAGAAGGAAAGGUUUUCCAUUCCCUUCUUCCUCAGCCCAGCACACUACACACAAGUCAAGCCCUUGGAGGAGAUGACCGAUGAACGAAACCCUGCCAAGUAUAAGCCCUACAGCUGGGGCAAGUUUAUCACACACAGAAAGCUCAGUAAUUUCAAGAAACUCAGUACUGAAAACAUCCAGAUUUAUCAUUUCAGGGUAUCGGAAUAAGUUUGGAGUACAAGGAGUUUUGCUAAGUGCUACUAUUGUUAUUUUAGCUCCCUGUGCAUACCGUGCUGUAUAUCGAUUCAGAAAAUAAUGCAUUGUUCUAUAGAGAAGUGACCUGUGUGUAACUUCUGAACAUUGUGUGGUUAAAGUGUCACUAAGAUCAGUAAUAUAAUUAUCUACAAACAUUUAUUUUGCUUCAACAA